AUGGCUGACCAGCGCCCCGCUCCCCUCCGCCUCGGCACCGUCGCCCCCAACUUCAAGGCCGACACCACCAACGGCCCCAUCGACUUCCACGACUUUAUCGGCGACAGCUGGGUCGUCCUCUUCUCCCACCCGGAGGACUACACCCCCGUCUGCACCACCGAGCUCGGCGCCUUCGCCAAGCUCGAGCCUGACUUCUCCAAGCGCGGCGUCAAGCUCAUCGGCCUCUCCGCAAACACCCUCGGCUCCCACGAGGGCUGGAUCAAGGACAUUGACGAGGUCACCGGCUCCAAGGUCGCCUUUCCCAUCAUCGCCGAUAAGGAGCGCAAGGUCGCCCUCCUCUACGACAUGCUCGACUACCAGGACACCACCAACGUCGACGAGAAGGGCAUCGCCUUCACCAUCCGCUCCGUCUUCAUCAUCGACCCUAAGAAGACCAUCCGCACCAUCCUCUCCUACCCGGCCUCCACCGGCCGCAACUCCGCCGAGGUCCUCCGCAUCGUCGACUCCCUCCAGACCGGCGACAAGCACAAGAUUACCACCCCCAUCAACUGGGUCCCCGGCGACGACGUCAUCGUUCACCCCUCCAUCAAGACCGAGCAGGCCAAGGAGCUCUUCCCCGAGGUCCGCAUCGUCAAGCCCUACCUGCGCUUCACCCCUUUACCCAAGGAGAAGGCCACCGUCGCCUAA